UCCAGCUUUACGACGACAACAACUAUGGCAGCCGCCAGUGGUAGAUUUGAAAGUGAGAGGAGUAUCGAAGAGCGGAAGGAACAGACCCGGCUCGCCAGGGCCGAGGCGUUGCGCCAGGCUAAAGCCAACUUUGAAAAAGAAGAAAGGCGGAAAGAACUGAAGCGACUUCGGGGUGAGGAUACAUGGAUGCUGCCUGAGGUGAAUGAGCGAAUUGAACAACUCUCACAGGAGCACUCUGUGAAGAAAAAGAAAAAAAAAGAGAAACAUUCAAAAAAAGCAAAGAAAGAGAAGAAAAAAAAGAGCAAGAAGCAGAAAUAUGAGAAAAAUAAUGAAUCAACCGAUAGUUCAUCUAGCUCUGAAGAAGAGUGGGUUGAAGCUGUGCCAUCCCAGACUUCUUCCAAGGAAAAGGCCUGGAAAGUGAAAGAUGACAAGUUAGAAAAGGAAGAUGACAGCCAAGUUAUUCAGAGGGAUGAAUGGAUGACUCUAGAUUUUAUGUCUGUUAAAACUGUGUCAUCAUCUUCACUGAGAGCUGAAAGGGAAUCACUAAGGAGAGCAGAACAGGAGAAAGCUCAGGCGCUCGAACAGUCCAAACUCUUGGAAAGAGAACUGAAUCCGUACUGGAAGGACGGUGGAACAGGUCUUCCCCCGGAAGACUGUGGUGUGUCAUCCGUUACUAAAGUUUCAGGAGUAGAAGAUGGUGGAUUAAGCUGGCUAAAGAAGUCUUAUCAGAGAAUGAAAGAACAAGCUGAGAAACAAAAUAAAAAUCUGGAGGACAUUGUAGCUGAAAGAUAUGGGUCAAUGGAAAUAUUUCAGUCGAAAUUAGAAGAAGCAGAAAAAAUUGCAUCCAGAAAAGAAGACUAUAGAAGAGAACGGUGGAGGAAACCAGCUUUUUCAGAUAAAGCACAGAAUAGUCAAGAAAGUAGAAAAUCAGACUUAAUAAACUGUAACAGAAGUUCCAGGGAUAGUUACAGUACAGCAGAUAUUGAAAGCAGUAGCAAUAAACAGAAACUUUUGGAUGAUGAAAAAAAUAAGAGAUCUGGGUCUUUGGAAACUUGUAGAAGAGAACGUACCCCAAGGCAAAAUCAAGAGUUUUCUUCUCCUGGAAAUUUGAGACCUAAAUUCUUAAAGCCCUGUGAUGAUGAAGAACUAUCAUUUCACAGUAAAAGCAAAAACUUUGAACCGUCUCGUUUAUCGACAUCAGAGGCAGCAGAGGGUUCUUUGCAUUGUGGUUUUCGAAAACCCGUAGAAAACAGUGAGGAAAAGUUAGCAUCACGGAGUGGGUCUGACAGGAGCAAAGACUGUAAGAAACGUUCGCAGCAGAAGCCAUCAGAAAGCAGCAGCAGUGACUGUCGACACAUUUCAGAGGAUGUGAAUGAGAAAUCACAGCCGGAAAGCUUGCAAGAUAACCUCCGGAAAAAAGAAUCUCCACGGAACACAAAGUCAGCAUUGGCUGGUGGUCCAGAGGAUGAGUCCAUCCCCGUUCUAAGUGUUGAUGAGAGGAACAAGCUGGGAGCCAAGAUUAUCAAGGCAGAGAUGAUGGGGAAUAUGGAACUAGCUGAACAACUUAAAGCCCAGCUUGAGAAGGCAAAUAAAUUCAAAGACACUGUAACACAGAUAUCUUCCAAAAAAUCUGGAGUAGACAAUGAAGACCAGCAGGAAGUGGUCCUUGUCAGAACUGAUCAGUCUGGAAGAGCCUGGCCUGUGAACACGUCAGAAAAUUCCCUGGAAGCACGAGGAGGAAGAAGGAAGAGACAGAUGGUUUCAACCCAUGAGGAAAAAGAAAGAGUCAGAUACUUUCAUGAUGAUGAUAAUCUGAGCCUAAAUGAUUUAGUCAAAAAUGAAAAGAUGGGAACAGCAGAAAAUCAGAACAAACUUUUUAUGAGAAUGGCAUCUAAGUUUAUGGGAAAAACAGAUGGAGACUAUUAUACUUUGGAUGACAUGUUUGUAUCCAGAGCAGCCGAGAGAGAGCGACUUGGUGACGAGGAAGAGUAUCAGAGGAGAAGAGCUAUUGCCGAGCAUCAGAGUCUCGCGGCACAAAUGGAAAAAUGCCUCUACUGUUUUGACAGCUCUCAGUUUCCUAAGCACCUCAUUGUUGCAAUAGGUGUUAAGGUUUAUUUAUGUCUACCCAACUUUCAGUCUCUUACUGAGGGGCACUGCCUGAUAGUUCCCUUGCAGCACCAUAGAGCAGCCACUUUAUUGGACGAAGACAUCUGGGAGGAAAUUCAGAUGUUCAGGAAAUCCUUGGUAAAGAUGUUUGAAGAUAAAGGAUUGGACUGCAUCUUCUUAGAAACUAAUAUGAGCCUGAAGAAGCAGUAUCACAUGGUAUAUGAAUGUAUUCCUCUGCCUAAGGAAGUGGGUGAUAUGGCUCCCAUCUAUUUUAAGAAAGCCAUAAUGGAAUCUGAUGAGGAAUGGUCCAUGAAUAAGAAGUUGAUUGAUCUCUCUUCAAAAGAUAUCAGGAAGUCUGUACCCAGAGGCUUGCCGUACUUCUCUGUGAACUUUGGCCUUGAAGGAGGGUUUGCCCAUGUCAUUGAAGAUCAACACAAAUUCCCUCAUUACUUUGGAAAGGAAAUCAUUGGCGGAAUGCUGGAUUUAGAACCAAGACUUUGGAGGAAAGGAAUCCGAGAAAACUUUGAGGACCAGAGGAAGAAAGCCCUGCAGUUUGCUCAGUGGUGGAAACCAUAUGACUUCACCAAAAGUAAAAAAUGUUAGGCUGUAUCUUUUGGUUCCAGUUUCUUCCAGUUUCAUUCAACUGUAUUUCUUUUAUCUAGCUAAACAAGUGACUCUCAGGUCUUAAGAAAAAUGGCAGCGGACUGCUGUGGGUAGCUGACAGCUGGUUUGUGGGAUGGUGUUGUUUU